UCUUCUGCCUCCCUCCCACCUUGCCUCCAUGUCUCUGUGGCGCACACAUUCCCCGGCUCACUCGGACACCGGCUAUCAGCACCUCCUGACAGCCACCUCCUCGCCACAGUCUGCAUCUGACAGCAGCAGUAGCCUCUUUUCAUUUUCUUGUCGCCAUUGUGUUGCCCCCUGCAAGAGAAGAACCAUGAACAUAAUGGAGGACAAAGAGGAGCGAGGGCUAGACUUCAAACGCCUGCUUAAGAAGAAUUGGCUGCUGAUGGCUACAGUUGUUUCCGUGAUGCUUGGGAUCAGCUUGGGUCUUGUGGUCAGAGAAUAUGCAUCACUGUCUCACCUUGACAAGCAGUACUUUGGCUUUCCUGGAGAGAUUCUCAUGAGAAUGCUGAAGCUGGUCAUUCUUCCUCUAAUCAUAUCCAGCAUGAUAACAGGUGUUGCUGCUCUGGACUCUGAGGUGUCAGGGAAAAUUGGUCUGCGCGCUGUCAUUUAUUACUUCUCAACAACAAUCAUCGCAGUUGUCUUGGGAAUCAUUCUAGUGAUGACCAUAAAACCAGGAGUCUCACAAACAGCUGACCACAUUGACAGAGCUGGGACCACCCCUGAUGUCACCACAGUGGACACACUACUGGACCUCAUCAGAAACAUGUUCCCUGAGAAUCUGGUGCAGGCGUGUUUUCAGCAGUACAAGACCAAGCGUAAAGAGCUGGAGUUGGCCAAACCAGUGACAAAUACUACCACUACAAUGCCUCCUCUCACCACAGCCAUCAUGGCCGCUGUCCAGAAUAUCACAAAGGACUAUAAGCUGGUGGGCUCAUACUCAGACGGCAUCAACGUUCUGGGCCUUAUAGUGUUCUGUGUGGCUUUCGGGUUGGUGAUUGGGAAAAUGGGGGAGAAGGGGAGGAUCCUGCUGGAAUUUUUUGACGCUCUCAAUGAAGCCACAAUGAAACUGGUGCAGCUUAUUAUGUGCUACAUGCCAGUUGGUAUCCUGUUCCUCAUUGCAGCUAAGAUCAUUGAAGUAGAAGACUGGGAGAUCUUCAGGAAGAUGGGGCUGUACAUGGUGACUGUGCUGAGUGGCCUGGCCAUCCAUUCUGUGGUCUGCCUGCCUCUCAUUUACUUCAUCAUAGUGCGGAAGAACCCAUUCACAUUUACGCUGGGGAUGGCUCAAGCUCUAGUCACAGCAUUGAUGAUCUCCUCCAGUUCUGCCACUCUGCCUGUCACCUUCCGAUGUGCUGAAGAGAACAACCAAAUAGACAAGCGCAUCACCCGCUUUGUUCUCCCAGUGGGUGCCACCAUAAACAUGGACGGGACAGCGUUGUACGAGGCUGUGGCGGCCAUCUUUAUAGCGCAGCUCAACGACUACCCUCUAGAUGUGGGUCAGAUAGUCACCAUCAGUAUAACAGCUACAGUGGCCAGUAUUGGAGCAGCUGGAGUUCCUAAUGCUGGUCUUGUCACCAUGGUGAUAGUCUUGACCGCUGUGGGGCUGCCCGCCAGUGAUGUCACUCUAAUCGUAGCUGUUGACUGGCUGCUAGACCGCUUCCGCACUAUGAUAAACGUAUUGGGCGAUGCUUAUGGAGCCGGUAUUGUCCAGAAGCUGUCCAAGAGAGAGCUGGAGAGAAUGGACCUUGUGUCAGACGUUGAUGUGGCAAACCCUUUUGCACUGGAGACCACUUUAGAUGACGAAGAGUGUGAGAAGAAAUCAUAUGUCAAUGGAGGAUUCACAGUGGACAAAACUGAUGCAAUCUCUUUCACCGAAACAUCCCAGUUUUAGACUCUGGCGGGCUCAGACAAGCAAGAAAGUGCUAUAUUUCUUUAGAAGCAAAAUAUUUGUCAGAUAACUACAGCAUUGACAAUAAAACAGUGGAGUUUUUACUGUAACACGGUAACUGCAUCCCCUGUGUAAUUUAUUGUGAAUGAUGUAGCAUAGCCAGACAGGUCCACCAGCAUCAGCAAUAGAAGCCUCCAUGAAGUCAAAACAAACCAACAAACAUACUAGACGGAGAGCAGGACUAGAUGAUGUGCUUCCUUCUUCCAAAAGAGUGCCAAGAUGAAGAAUAAGGAUUUUUACACAAGUGUUCUUUGUUUGAAAAUGCAGAAACAUUUCCUGGUUGUAUGUGAAUGCUUUGUUUUUAUUUGUACAUAAUUUGCAGAUAUAUUGUGUUUCUGUCCCAUAAUGCACUGCUUGUACAGCUCUAUUUAUAUUUAAGCCUUUUUCACUUAUUUGCAUGAAGCAAUAAGAAGUGCUAAUUGCAUUGUCACACAAUGAGACCUUACAAAGACUACAAAUGAAAGCUAGUGAAGUCAUCUUACACUGUGAAAUUCAAGGACAUUUUUAACCAAGCCAAAUCUCACCCCUGAUUGUACCGUGCUCAGCCAGAUGAGUCUUUUGUACAUGCUAACGUCUAUAAUGAGAUAUUUAUUAUUUCAAUUGCAAUGUUGCUACAGUAUUUAGCGUGAUGUAGCAUAGGGGCUCUGGUCAAGUGCUAGCACAGUUGCAUGGCAGCCUUCUACAAGCAUUUGUUGAACCUAAACCAAGGCAAAUACAACAUAAAUGGCAAGACAGUAUGAUAACACUGUCUCUAUUACAGUAAUUAUGUAUAAUAGGCUAAGCUCAAAUGCUACUUAAGAUACAUAGUUUAAACUUUAAUUCAAUAAUGCUUUAAUACAUUUAUUUAGAUAACUCCUCAAAUGGUUUAUUUGUACUACAGAGGCAAAGAAGCAGACAUCAGCCAAGGCAAUGAUCCUGGAAUGCCAUAACAACUGAUCUGUUUAAACUACAAAAUAUUUAGAUUUGAAUGGUAAAAUCAUACCAAAACUAAAGUGAUUUAUUCUUCUAGAGGAAAAUGUAUAGUAAUUACACUCAAAUAAACCUAACCUUUUUGUUGGUGUUGCACUUGUUUUGUGAAAGGACAACAAAAUGGCACAUCAAGAGAAAAUCUGAUCUAAAAUACACUGAAAUAAUUUCUGCCUGACACUACAAUGGCUUAAUAGUGGUUGGUGCUUCUAAGUCAAAGGUUACAAUGUUGGAACCAUGAGGUAAAAUAUAAAAAGUAUUACAACAAGCAAAUGGUUGGUUUGCAUUGUAAUAAAUAACAUAAUCUUAGUGUUACUGAGUUAAUGCUCUGGGUAGCUUUCUCAUAUGCCUUGCCAUGCUUAUUGGACUGUUUGCACUUACUCUGGCCUAGCUGUGCCCAUGAUGUGGAGUAUUUGAUGAGAUCAAGCUUUUGUCCACCCAUGUUUGUCUGUCCACAUACAGUUG